AUGGUCGCUCAAAAGCAGCCCGUCUACGUCCUAGGCGUAGGCAUGACCAAGUUUAUCAAGCCGCGGGGCAAAGUCGACUAUCCUGAGCUCGGUUUCGAGGCGGGAGUCAAGGCCAUGCUGGACGCACACAUCAACUACGACGAGGUGGACCAAGGCGUGGCUUGUUACUGUUACGGGGACAGUACCUGUGGCCAGCGUGUUUUCUACCAGUUUGGAAUGACUGGUAUUCCUGUUUACAAUGUCAACAACAAUUGCUCAACUGGCAGCACUGGCUUGUACAUGGGUCGCAACAUGAUUGCCCACGGUGCAGCUGACUGCGUGCUCGUCGUCGGCUUCGAGAAAAUGUUCCCCGGUAGCUUGCAGAGCUUCUUCCAGGAUCGUGCCAAUCCCACCGGGACUACCAAUCUCAUGUUGAAAGAGACGAGGGGUAUUACCAAGGCCCCCGGUGCAGCGCAAUUGUUUGGCAAUGCAGGCCGUGAGCACAUGGAGAAAUACGGCUCCACACUUGAGGACUUUGCAGAAAUUGGCCGCGUCAACCACGCCCACAGCAAAAACAACCCCUACUCGCAAUUUCAAGACGAAUAUACGCUGGAGCAAAUAGCAAAGUCACCCAUGAUUCACGAGCCCCUCACCAAACUCCAAUGCUGCCCAACCUCCGAUGGCUCCGCUGCGGCGGUUCUCGUCUCCCAAUCUUUUCUUGACGAGCGACCCCACCUCAAAUCGCAAGCCAUUCUCAUCGCUGGUCAAGCUAUGGCGACUGAUACCCCAGACCUGUUUCAGCGCUCAGCUAUCGACCUAGUCGGCUACGGCAUGAGCGAACUUGCUGCAAAGCAAGCGCUCAAAGAGGCCAGCGUCAAUCCAAAGGACGUCAAGGUCUGCGAACUCCACGAUUGCUUCUCGGCCAACGAGAUGGUGACCAUCGAGGCGCUCGGGCUGGCCGACAAGGGCAAAGCCCACGAACUCAUCCGCGCUGGCGGCAUCACAUACGGGGGCCAAGUCGUCAUCAAUCCUUCGGGCGGCCUCAUCUCAAAGGGACAUCCGCUCGGCGCAACCGGACUGGCUCAGUGUGCCGAACUUGUCUGGCACAUGCGUGGAUGGGCCAACAAUCGCUCCGUCAAGGACACGAGAGCUGCGCUGCAGCAUAAUCUCGGUCUUGGUGGCGCCGUCGUUGUCACCGUGUACAAGCGCGCCGAUGGCUCUGCUGCUACUGACGUGUCGGACGCUGACAUCGCAAAGACUACAGGUCUGGGAUAUAACCCUGCAGUGGUCGCAAAAGGUUUCACAAGAGAGCAGGUAGAUGCUGUUCGGAGUAGGAAAGCUAGGAGCGAGUGGGCGCUGCAGGAUACGCAGCAGAAGGUCGAGGCAAGAUUUUAG